GUCAGUCAGUAGAGCUCCGGCCGGUUCGGUUCGCUCAAACGGCGUGUGUGUACCGGCCCGAGUGUGCUAUUAGCAUUUGUGCAGCGUUCCGUAGGUGUAUCGAGUGCCUGCUGUGUCGACCUGUGUCCCUGUGCGCAUCCCGUCCACCGUCCGCUAGAUUCGUAACGCCGGGUUCUACACGCCGCCUCACUCCAGAAUAGUUCGCCGAUCAGCCCAACCCGCGAGCUUUAGGUGCACUUUAGGGUUCCCUGCUUACGCGCCCGUUCAAGUCUUUCGUGUUUCGCGCGAUCGCUUCGAAAAAAGCUCCCCAAUCUCUGCCCCGUUGCCGUUCGGUUGCACUCACGAGAGGGUGGGUCGAGAAAGGGAAAGAGAGCGAGCGAGAGAGUGAGCAAAAGGUUCGGGAGUCUGUGAGUGGCGCGAGUGACUGGUCGGAGAUUUUGAGUCGUCCGUUUAACGGAUUAGAUGCCAGUGAGCAACCGAAGAUCGUGUGCAGGAGAGUAGAUCAGUCCGUGGACCAGUACGGCGAACACCUAUAAGCCGGAGCCGGUUCCCCACCGCGACCGAGAUCCGAGAUUCGAGUGUGGCGAGAGCUGCGGGCUGGCCGGCAGGGCAGGGCGGUCGAUGGCUGGCGGUGCGGGGCCGAUGCACGCCGAAGAAGAAAGGAAAGGCUAGAAGAAAACGAACCCGAUCAGGCGGCCACAACGAAGACGACGACAACGACCACGACGACGACGAUGGCGAUGGGGGCCUCCGCGAGCAACGGCUUCGGUUGUGAUCUAAGAAAUACUGUAUUACUCGGUCAGUCGGUCUAGAGAGCGGUACCCAUGUCGACAUGACGGCGGUUCCUUUUGCCUAGUCGUACCCAGCUGCCCCGUGUGUACCGUGUUCGUUCGUACGGUGCGUGCCCGAUCAGCCGAUCUAUCGUGUGUAUGUUUGUUUGUGUUUGUGUGUGUGUGCUUAGAGCUUGUGGUGGUCGUUCUAUGCGCGUGAUUUGCACAGAAAAAAAAAGAAAAACACAAGCCAAAAGUAAAUCCCACUCGCCCGACGUGCUAAUUCGAAAGCGAUCUCGUUAGAUGCUGGUGCUAAUUCGGUGCCGCGCGCUGUGCAGUGUCAAUGUACAAAUAAGGAAUCCUGACCGAUCUUUCACCCUCGCUCUCUCGGCAUCGUCAUCUGCCGAAAAGCAAGAAAACAAAAGCGCUGCCAAUAAUCAGGACAACCACCUAGUGCUAGUGAAAAUUCCUCCCAAACCAGAAUAAGGGAAAGCGGAAGUGACACACAGAGAACAAAAAAAAAGAGCAUUCGGAUACAAAAAAUAUGCCGUGUGCCGUGGCGUGUAUGGCGUGAAGAAAGGCUGGCUGGCUGGCAGGCUGGCCCCGCUAAAGAGUGACAUGGUGGAGCGUGCAAAAAAAAGUAAAGCGUGAAUCAAACGACAAGCGCAAAAGGAAAAUGAGAAAACACAUCGCGAGCGAAGGAGCACGAGAGUGAAACAGCCAACAGGCGAAUGAUAGAUCGCUCGAUAGACAAAACCCCCUCCCAACCCGCUCAAACUGCCAGCGGCCACGCGAAACCCUCGGAAGCGUCUCAACCUAUGAAUUGAUUAUCCUGGGGCGUGACGAAUGCGCCAGUGUGUGCUUUCACUCGAAUAUUUUGUGUACGCGUGUGAGCGAUACAGUGUGUGCAAGUGUGCCCGUGUGUGUGUGUGGAUUGCAAUUUUUUCUUCUUCUUCUACUUCUUCUUCGUGCGCGCAUCUAAGCACUACUGGAUGAUGCGGUUUUAGUUCCCGUGUCGAGUGGCCUUUAUUUAUCUGUUGUUUGAUUUUGUGACGAUUUGCCCAAUCUGCCACGCGCGUUACACCCUGCGGUUGCGCCGUUCGUACACGGGAGGUGCAAGGUUAAAAAUGUUUGACAAAGCCACGGUUUGCAAGGUGCAAAGGCGCAUCCAAUCACCAGCAGGGGAAGAAAGUGAAGUGAAAUAAACACACACAGAGAGAAAGAGAAGUAAGGCAAACGCAACCGUUUGCGCUGCUGUUAUUUUCGCGGGAGAGGUUUGGUACAAACACGCUCGUUAGGUCGACGAUUGUGAUUAUUAAUUGGUGAUAUUUUGGAAACCUCCACACCUAGCGUUAAAUAAGUGCGAAAUUGAGAGAAGCUAUUCACGAGCGCUUUAGUGCAGUGACAAUUGUUAAUAGGACGUAAUUUUCUUAACGAUUUCACCGCGUGGUUUCAUUUGACUGCUUCGUCACCCGGACCCGCAGCCACAACAUGCUAACGGAUCCCAAAUUGAGGUCCAGCCUCGGCCUGAUGGGCAACGAUGAAAAUGCCAUCAAGCAAGAACUGAUCGACCCACUGGAGACGACCGGCAAUGGCAACCAUCACCACAACCACCACCACCAUCACCACCACCUCCACCACUCCCAUCACCAUCAUCCGACGUUGGACGAGCGGCUGCGACUUGACGCGAAAGCUCUUCCACACACCGGUGAGCUGCCCGGUGAGCCACUGAACGGGCUCGCUGGUGCAGCAAGCUGUCCCCGCACUGGGACGCUCCUGUACGCCACCCAACCAACCCCCGUGCAGAACAAACAACCCCUGCAAGGAUUCGAUCAGAUCUGGGGUCCGUCGCGCUCGGAUAUGAACCAGCGGCUACACACGUCCGUCGGUGGGAUGAGCCAUUAUUGGCCACCGUACGACGGCCAGCCCAACGCCUGCCCAACGCCGACGACACCGGGCGAUCCGCCGCAAGAUGGAGCCGGCGCGGACGGGCAGAUUUACACGCUCACCGUGCUGCACGAAUCGCCCGAGCACGGCAUCGUCUGGUCGGACUCGAACGCACUCGAAUCGCCGGUCCCACUCGCGCCGGACAUCGCCGAGCCGAACGCAUCGUACGAACCGAGCGUCGAUUGCUUCCACUUUGACAGCACCAACUACGAUCUGGCCGACUAUUACGCCGCCAAGCCUGCAGUACAACCGCACCAUCAACAGCAGCAACCGUCGCAGCAGCAGACCAGUGUGUCACUGAUGGGUUCCUCGUCGUCCUCCUCCUCCUCAGCACCAUCGCUCGGUGGCCAUCUGGCCCAUCAGCCCGCCACGGCCAUCAGCCUGCACAGCACGGUGGAAGGGCUGCUGAACGAGAUUCAACUUUCCAGCUUCGGCGAUCGCAACUCCAUAGUGACCGGUACGGCCGAAAUGGCGCUCCAAACGUCCGGCCACAGCCUGUACAACGAGCCAUCGUCCUACCUGUACGAUGCGUUCUCCGUAACCGAUAGUUCCUCCGCGACACAUCAUCAUCCGGCCCUGUUGCCAUCGCUUGCCGAGUCGUCCAACGCGAUGACACCGCCAACGCCUACCGGCGACGGCAAGCUGGACACGAACAACAACAACAGCAGCGGCGGUGGCAGCUGUCCCCUCGCCGAACUGAACCCACUGCCAUCGAACCAGAGCAGUAGCUCGAGCUCGAGCUCCAGCAGUAGCAGCUCGAGCAGUGACUCAACGGCAACUGGUGGUGGUGGUGGCGGCGGUGGCGGUGGCGGCAGCGGUGGUGGAGGUGGAGGACAGAAGCGUGGACGCUCGCUGCACUACUGCUCGAUCUGCUCGAAAGCGUUCAAGGACAAAUACUCGGUCAAUGUGCACGUGCGGGUGCACACGGGCGAAAAGCCGUUCUCGUGCUAUCUCUGCGGCAAAAGCUUCCGGCAGAAGGCGCACCUCGAGAAGCACUACCAGACGCACCUGCACCAGAAGAACCUGACCAAGCGACCAAAACCGCUCAAGGUGAAACAGGAACCACAGCAGCAGCAGCAACAGCAACCGAUCCAUCAGCCGCAACAACCGCAACUGCAACAGCAUCAGCUGUUGGAGCAGCAUCUUCAUCAGGAUCCAGAUCCGGGGUUGCUACUAGCUUCGGGGAAGUUGAUAGGGAAUUGUUGAUAUGUAAACGUCUUAGGACAGGGCCUCUAGGCAAUUGUUAAGGAAUGUAGAUGCGAUGUAAAAAGAUAGCUUAAGUCAAUCACCACACCCAUCCCCUCCCCCUACCCGAGGUGUGCUGGUCGAUGUGUACAGGAGGUAGAAGCGCACAGGAGAUAGGUGUACCGACGGAGCGAAAAGCGACUACGGCAGGCGACGAACCUAUACGUAAAUGUUUUCAUUAUUAUUUAUUGCCACGAACAUUGAAACGAUUCCGAACCGAACGUAUUUGUUUGUUUUCAAUUCAUUGUCUUCCACUCUCUCUCUCUCCUUUUCUUUUUUUAUCUCUCUCACACACACACACCUGUCGUUUACAACCGAACCGAAAGUCCUUGAGGCGGGCAAACUCUUAACGGACACGCAUUAUCACUCAAUUUCGCAAUUGGUUCUACAAAUGCUAAUUUCCAUCUCGCAUCCCCCGCAGCGGUCUGCAUUCUGCGCCCAUUCGAUUGAGGCAGCACGGAUUCUGUGCGAACCCCAUGUUCGUGCCCGCUCUGCACGCGCUUCUGUCUGUCUGUGUGUGUGUGUGUGCGUUUAUACGGAUAUGUAUUGUAUUUAUGUAGUUAUCUAUAAUUGAUGGUGCAGAUGAUUACAGAGAUUCGCAUUCGAUUGGAAUUGGCUACCGCUACCGAUCUCUGUGCUCUGAUCGUUUGCAAGCGAUCAUUAAGCAUCGCGGGCACUCCAAUUGUAUUCGUCUCGCGUUUCGACGUUUCUGGCCGCGUAGCCAGGCCUGCAUCAGUCCCAACCUCCCCCCUCCCGCUACAUUGUCACGAUUUGUUUGCGCCGGAAGAAAUGACAUGCCAUGCCGUCGGGGGGCCACCUCGCGGGCUGCUAGCUCGCGGGCUGCUAAUGGGCAGGUCCUGGGUCCGCGCUUCGUGCACGCUGCCGUCCCGCCGGCAAGGAUCUUCCCGAU